GGUGAUUCUCAUAAGACUCCCCCUCCGCUUCUUUCUCCCUCUGGUCUGAAGUGAACUCCGGCCUGAAGACUCUUUAAGUCAGUAAAUUUAGUUAAAGAUUCCAAAAACGGUGGUUCUAGGAACUCUUAGCUUCUGUAGAGAGAAAAUCAGUUUCAUUCGGUAGAUAAUUUGCAAAAUGCAAGCUUCACAGCUUCAUAGAGGUUCACAUAUGUCAAAGAGACUAUGUUAUCAGCCACUGCAAGGAGUGGAUGCCUACUGUUUCUCCCAAUUCCAAACUUUGGGUCGCCAACUAUAUUCCACUGGUGGCAACCAAAGAGGUGAGUUCAAUGUUCAAGACAUCGGUGAUCGGUACUGCACUCUGGAGUCGUCAUCAGGAAGCCAUUGCUAUACAGCUCACAACUCGACGUCGACCAUCACCUUCUCACCCAACGGGAGUCCGGUAUCGCAACAAGAUUCUCGUUCAAAUCCUUCGGAUCAAAAUAAUUCUCCUGACAAUACAUAUGGCUCCCCAGUAAGCGGAUCCAGUAUAACAGAUGAUAUUAGUGACUUUACGCACAAACUACGGGAGUUGGAAUCUGUGAUGCUUGGCCCUGAUUCUGAUGUCAUUGACAGUUUUGAUAGUAUCUACCAGGAGGGAACAGACAAUCCAGAGAUGGGAAGUUGGGGACAAGUGAUGGAUGCUAUCACUAAAGGAAACUUGAAAAAGAUUCUAAUAGUUUGUGCUAAAGCGGUAUCGGAUAAUGAUGCGUUAAUGGCACAAUGGCUCAUGGAUGAAUUGCGCAAGAUGGUGUCGGUUCGCGGUGAACCGAUACAGAGGUUGGGAGCAUAUAUGCUGGAGGGGCUGGUUGCACGGCUGGCUUCCUCAGGGAGCUGCAUCUAUAAAGCUUUGAGAUGCAAGGAACCAGCAAGUGCGGAGCUCCUCUCUUAUAUGCACGUUCUUUACGAGGUCUGCCCAUAUUUCAAAUUCGGGUACAUGUCUGCAAAUGGUGCCAUUGCAGAAGCCAUGAAGGAUGAAGAUAGAGUUCACAUCAUUGAUUUCCAAAUUUCUCAGGGUACCCAGUGGAUCACUUUGAUUCAAGCUUUUGCAGGCAGGCCUGGUGGACCACCUCACAUUCGUAUAACGGGUAUAGAUGAUCCCGCAUCAGCUUAUGCCCGCGGAGGCGGGCUAGAUAUUGUUGGGAAGAGGCUUUCCAGGUUAGCAAAAUCGUGUAAUGUGCCAUUUGAGUUUCAUUCGGCUGCCCUUUCUGGCUGCAAUGUUCAGCUAAAAAAUCUUGGCAUUCGACGAGGGGAGGCUUUAGCAGUGAAUUUUGCAUUCAUGCUCCACCAUAUGCCAGAUGAGAGCGUAAGCACCGAAAAUCAUCGAGAUAGGCUGUUGAGGAUGGUCAAGGGUCUGUCUCCAAGGGUAGUGACCCUUGUCGAGCAAGAAUCCAACACAAACACUGCUGCAUUCUUUCCCCGGUUCAUCGAGACGCUGGAUUACUACAACGCCAUGUUUGAAUCAAUCGACGUUACUCUUCCACGACAGCACAAGGAGCGAAUCAACAUCGAGCAACAUUGUCUAGCCAGGGAAGUUGUCAACAUUUUAGCCUGUGAAGGAGCCGAGAGAGUGGAACGACACGAGCUACUCGGGAAGUGGAGACUGCGAUUCGCAAUGGCAGGAUUCACUCCUUACCCAUUAAGCUCUUUGGUGAACGCUACAAUAAAAACAUUAUUAGAUAGCUAUUGUAAGAGGUAUAGGCUUGAAGAGAGAGAAGGGGCUCUGUAUUUAGGCUGGAUGAACAGGGAUUUGGUUGCUUCUUGUGCCUGGAAGUGACCACGUUUUACAGGAUUUAGCCAUUGAAAACCAAAGGAGAGACAUGGUUGUUUUCUGCUCCAUUAGCUGCUAUGACAAAACAUACACUUUUCCUUGACACGUUCUAGUACCAAGAACUUAACUUGGCUGGCACUGGCAUGGUGGACUAUGUUUUAGUUUGAUGUUAGGUUACAAAGUGCAAGCUGGAAAACCAGAGUCAACUUGAAAUUGUGUUGUGGCUAAGUCCAAGAUUAAAUAUCAGAAGGGUCGCUUCAUAUCA